UGCAUUAAAGUCAAAAUAGUUUUUCGAGAGACAUUUUUUUUGCUUGCUAUUUGUCUUCCUUUUCUGCUUUUAUCCCAUAUUCCUGUGAGUUUAAAUGGAAGAAACAGAAUUAGAUUCUUCAGAGCUUGGUACACAUUCGUACUGGCAACAGUCAUACGCUAAAGAGAUAAUUAAUUUCGAUGAUCACGGUGACACGGGAGAUGUAUGGUUCGGUGAAGAUAGCGCAUAUCGAGUCAUAGAUUGGAUUUGUAAAUGUAAUAUUGAUAAAAACUCGCCGAUCAUCGAUUUAGGUUGCGGUAACGGAUACACCCUUAUUGAAUUAGCCAAGGAGGGCUACAGAAACUUGCUGGGUGUAGAUUAUUGCAAUGAGGCAGUAGAGUUGGCUGAAAGAAUUUCAAAAACAGACUUCCCAUUCAUUAAGUAUAAGGUUUUCGAUAUAACACAAGGUAGCGUAGACAAACUUGGUUGCAAAUUCAGUUUGGUACAUGACAAAGGUACAUAUGAUGCUAUAGGCCUUAACCCAGAUAAACCACGAGAAAAUAGAAUGAAAUAUAUUGAUCAGGUCUAUGAAAUGAUGGAAAAUAAUGCAUUAUUUAUUAUAACGUCAUGCAACUGGACAGAACAAGAAUUGAUUAAGCAGUUUUCUGAAAAACUGAAGCUUAAAUGCGUGAUACCGACACCACAAUUCAAAUUUGGCGGGAAAGUGGGCAGUGUUGUUUCAUCUGUAGUUUUUGUUAAAAAUUAAAUGUUUAAAUUAUGAAUUUAUUUAUUUAAUUUAAA